AUGAAAUACAUUACGUAUUGGGCUCAAGAUUUCUUGCUACUGAGAGCAUGUUUGCGCUGGAAGCGCUUUUUCUCUUACCAGAUCACAUGGCUUUUUGAGCCUCUGAGAAUAAUGCGGGUCACACACGCCGAGCUCAAUGAGGAUAUGAGGUAUUUUUUAGAUGUCAACGGUCACAACUACUUUUCAAGGUCUGUGCCAACAUCUUUACCUUCACCUGGCGACACGCGGUCGAGCUAUUUACGCACAAACUAA